GAACAGUUGCUAAAACCCUGUCAAGGCUUUUCAUAGCAGUUUAAUCGCUGAUUCCGUCCUUGUUUUUAACGAAUAGGGUUACUGGACUUUAGGAAGCACUGCACUAUAAAACAUGACAUGUCCACUUAGCAGGAGGCAGAGCUAGCAAGCUAACUAGCUACUUUAUUCCCUGUAACACAGCUGCUGCCCAGCUAAACAUUGCUCACAAAUGUAUGAGGUUGGUAAGGAAAAGCUUGAUUUAAUCCGGCUUUUCUGGAUGUUUUUACCCUGUGGUAGGUAAUACCGGUGACAUUAUCAUCUGGAGUUCGACAGGAGUAUAAACCGUCUCUUCUGUAGUUGGCGGAGGGUGGGGUGGGGGGUUCUCCUCCAACCAACAGCAAGAUGGACUCUGAUUCUGCUCGUCUGGCUCGUCAUAGAUCGACAUUUUACACGGAGAUUAAAACAAUCUGUGUUUAGAGGCAGGAAUACAGACUGUACGCCAUUGGAUCUUCUUACGACUGUAAUCUCCUCAUAUGAUACACCGUUGCUGCGCGUGAGACACAGGAGGACAGGACUUUUACAGUAAACAGUCAUCAUCUUUGUAUGACGGGCUGUGCCAGCUUUGUCCUCAUCAUUCAUUCAGCAUUUCCAUAAUUUUUUCUUCAGUGCGGUAGUACCAUGAAGAGUGGAGGAAGAGGUAAGGCACAGCCUGUUGAGGAGGUCACUGGCAAAAGACCUAAACGCAAAUGCCUGCAGUGGCACCCUCUUCUUUCCAAGAAGGCUUCAGAAUUCUCUGAGGAAGAGGAAGAAGAAGAUGAGGAGGAACUGGGGAAGGCAGGGCUGUGCAGUGAGGAUCAGGACUCCCAAGUGCAUAAUGUAAGCACAACAGAGGAAGCUGAAGAAGACUCUAAUGAACACCGGGCACGUCGGCCUAUGAAUGCUUUCCUCCUCUUUUGCAAGAGGCACCGUUCUCUGGUGCGACAGGAACAUCCUCGUCUUGACAACCGUGGGGCCACAAAAAUAUUGGCUGACUGGUGGGCUGUGCUGGAGCCCAAGGAGAAGCAGAAAUAUACUGAUAUGGCCAAGGAGUAUAAGGAUGCCUUUAUGAAGGCAAACCCAGGCUAUAAGUGGUGUCCCACCACGAGCAAGCCACUCAAGAGCUCUUCCUAUCAGCAUGUCAGCUGUCCCCGCAAAAAGGUGUGGUCCUUCUCCUGUAACUCACCCAAGGACUCUACUGCCAAAAAUGUGCCCAAAAGCGACAGUUUGCACCAGUUGAACUUUGCCAUGGCAGACCCCACAAAGAUGGGAGGCCUGAGCAUGCUGCUGUUAGCUGGUGAACACGCCCUCACAAACAGGGAGAUCUCUCCCAGCACUAAAUCUACAUUACCUGACAUAGCCAUUAAAGGAAGCUCCUUUUCAGAGGAAACUAAAGAGAUGUUGUCUCAGACAAUUCCCAACAGAGUGCCUGAUAUUAUUGACAGCAGGAUGAAGACAGGGCUUUCCCUGGUGGAAGAGGUAGGAAUACAUUACAUACAGUCCAUCAGUAUUUUUAGAACUAUCCAUCCAUUUUCUGUACACCCUUGUCCCUAGUGGGGUAGGGAAGGGUGCUGGUGCCUAUUUCCAGCGAACAUUUCGGGUGAGGGGCGUAUAUUGUUAUAACUAAUGAUUGAGUUUU